CGAAUAUGAGCGUGUGUGCAUUUUCAAGGCGGUCUUUUCUGUUGCAGGAAAAAAAAAGAAAACAGUAGUCCAACAGGAAAAGCUGCUGAUGAAGGAAUGGAAAUGCUGCUCAGUGGCUGAAAGCGACGUCCGGACGGAGGUCUUAGCGCUGCAACGGAGGCUUGAGAGGAGGCGAGGUGCGAUUUUAGUUCAAGAUAAGUGGAGCCACCUCAGCGGUGUGUGAGAGAGGGGCACGGAGGCGAGGGAACCGGAGGGGUGGGGGUGUGUGGACCUAGCUGCCUACGGGACCCACUCAGGCUGCCCGAUUGUGCUCCUCCGCUCUCAUCAUUUGCUUUCUGGAGGUGAGGACAAAAGAGGGGGGAAAGGCCCGGGAUCCGAGCGUCGUGACGGGGCCCCCCGACUUCGCCGCCGCUGGUCGGGGCUGUCAGAACUGGAAAGGCUGAAGGGAAAGCGGCGGAGCGGUCGACUCUAGGCUGGGGUUUCCUGCCACAGCGGCGGGAUUGUCACCGUUGACUCUUCCCUUCGCGGGGCCUGGCUUCGCGACGUUUUCAGAGACGACGUUUGGUCCUCGGCUCAAAACGAACUCCAGAAACAUGGAUCUACUCGGGACGAACUGGAAUUGAUGGAGCCUGAAGUGGCUGUUUCGGAAAUGUUUUGCCGGUUUGAAAUGAAAUGGAAGAUCACAUGAAAACAUACAAAUGCUGACAAAGCAUCAAGAGGAACCUAAAAAACUUGACCAAGUUUGGACCAAACAGGCCAAAAGUCCUUCCUGGAUCUGAAACAACCUCUGAUGGGAUUAUCCAUGGAAUGUUUUCCUCUUGGAGUGUUCAGUGAGGACAUGAGUUUGGACCUUUUGAUCCUGUUUCUGGGGUUUUUGUCUCGCCCGGGUGUGAGUCGGGUCCAGAGGAACCUGGUGUUUGUUUCUGAGGAUUUGUUUGUUUUCUUUUAACUUUUAAAGUUUUUGUGCAAUCGGAUUACGGCUCCGUUUAUUCCGGAAGCAGCUACGCUGAGCUGCCGUGCUGGUCCGUGUGAAGGCUUUUACUUUGGCGGCGAUCGCCUGCUCCGUGCCAAACGGCUUCACCUUUGUGGAAGCGACUGCCUGUUUUUAAUCUGAAGGAGAAAUUAGCUUCCACGCUUAUUUCUGUUGAAAAAAAUCCUCGUAAAGACGAGAUGAAACGACCUACAAUCACAAGAGAAAUGUACAAUUUUUAAGAAUCUCCAGUUCGUCAUCCUUAUCCUGAACCGAUUUUAACAUCUGUCAUAUAUUUUUACCUUGCUUUUGCUCUUUAUUGGACCUCCCUGCUUUACUGCCAGGCUGUAGACUCUCUCUCUAUGAUUACAGCCAUAAGCACUCCAGUUUUACAUCUAAGUCAUUCCCUGAUAUAGAUACUGACGGAUAUUUUUUUAUCUUUUUAAGUCCAAACUUGGAGCAAAAACGAUGCAGAAUUUCCCUAACAGUGCCGCUCCACCCCCCAUCCCUCCUGGGUUCGGCGGGAGGGGUGUGGGCGGGUCGUAUCCCCCUCAGCCAGCAGAGCCCCAGAUCUCCCCGAGGAUGACAGAUGAUUAUGUAGGGAUGCAGCAGCAGAGCCUGCACCGAGGCCAUGCCCACCCCAGCCAAGCCAGCCACAUGCUCGCCUUCAGCUCCAGAAGCAGAGGAGCUCUGGAGCCGCCGCCAACACAGGGUAACGUUCACAGUGGCAGCAACAGCAACCCCUACAGGAAGGAUGCUGUGGAUUAUUAUUUCUCCAUGGGUGGAAAGGACAGACACAGAAGAGGGGGAAUGGGUUACGGGGGAGGAUUUGGGUAUCCCAAUAUUGAUGGACAUAUACCUCACCAGUACCGGCAUGCUGGAUCUAGCGCUACCCCUUCAUCUGCUCUGAUGUCUCCAUAUCCAGUGGAAUAUGGCUCUGGUGCAGGUUCGGGAGGAAGUACUGGAGCCUUUUCUCCUUCUCAACAAUACAAUCUAAAUCAGACGGUGCCAGGCCCUCAAAUUCAGCAGCGCCAGCAUGGGCAGCCCUUUCCAGCUGUCCACCAGCAGCACAGGAGCUACACGCACGCCGGGCAUCGAAUGACCCCGCAGUACUCGCAUUACUCUCCGCAGGGUGGAGCCUCCGCGGGGUCACCAGGAAUGUACAGCCCCCCUCCACAGAGAUAUCUCGACGGAGCAUCAAAUCCGGGCUUUGAUCCUAAAGCCAGCAGCUCUCCCAGUGUCACCAGUUCCACUCCAGCUGCUGCUAACAGUGUGGGGCCAGUGGAGAGUGUUCUGCAGAAUUUCCAUGCUUCAAAUUAUCCCGGAUAUCCACUGCAGUCGCAUUCCCUUCACAAGCAGGCCGCACUACAUCACCGCAACUCGCAGCACGUCUUAGGUUACGACAGCCCUCUCAAGAUGGCCCACCGGGGUCCGUCUCCCGGUUCCGCCUACACCAAACACCAUCCGGCGUCCGCUUCCAGUGUAGCUCAAACAGCGUCUCAAGAAACGACCAAAUCCCCGAUGCACUCGAACGCACAGCAAAGUCAGAUUCAUCAGAACUUCAGCCCCAUAUCCAACCCGUCCCCAGCUGCUUCCGCCGUUCAUUCCCCCACGUGUAGCUCCUCCCCUUCCCCUUUGAUGGGUAUCUCAGAGGCACACGGAACCCCCUCGAGUCACGCUCCCUCACAUCCCUCUUCAUCAAACGCUCGCAGCAGCCACGGCCACGUCAGAUUACUGCAGACAACACCUCAGUUAAGUCCCACGCCCAACUCCAACAGCAGCGUCAGUAGUUGCGGCAGCAGUGGCAGUCACAAAGCUCACAAUCUGAGCGCGGCUGGAGGGAGCAGCCUUCUUCCAGUGGGCCGCAGCAAAAUGGGCCAAGGCUCUGGAGUGAAAUCCCGAGAGGAAGGCCCUUUUGUUUACUCCGCUUCUUUGCUGGAUAAAAUGCAGGACGCUGGCUUGAAUAGCCUCAACGCCUUGAGCUCCCAAGUAGCCAAUUUACCAAACACCGUUCAGCACAUGCUCCUCACCGACACAGUGUUCUCUCACAAGAAGAAAGAUGGCGGGCAAGUGCAACACCACGACCAGCCCCAGCCACAAGCAGUUAGUCGAAACGCCAGCACUGCCUCAAGCACGGGCAAAGACGGAAGCGUCACGAGGACUAGUGAUGGCCUCGAUGUGGGAGGCUCGUCGGAGUCCAAAGAGGACAGAGAAGAGCAGUUUUCUGAGGGGGAACAUGGAAGAGCGAGGCAGAUGAGCGGUGUGAGCAGCGGGUCUGAAGCAGCAGGCUAUAAUCAGACACAGACUAGACAAAUAUCAAAUGUUAAAACAGUCGCCUGUGACUCACAGUCAUUGGAAGCCGUUGUCACAGAAACGAAAACAAAAGAAGCUCACAUUCCUUCAUCGUCGCCAUCUCCAUCAACACCUCCGGUUUCCUCCUCCCCGUCGUCCACCUCCUCCAGUUUCCCUCCCGUCACGGCGCAAAACUGUGUCCCAGAAACUGGUUUGGCGCAUAAGGACCACAGAGGCGUGCAAAUCAAACGUGAGAGUGAAGUCGCGGUUGAGAAAACGCAGAAGGUCGGCCGGCAAACGCAGCACGACAAACAGGUCGGCCCAAAAAACGGACAGGACAAGGAGAACAUGUUACACUUGGAAUACAAAACGCACAGCAACAGGAGAGAAGACAGGGACGCGUCAAAGGAGCAGCAGAACGCCGGCGGCGUUGGUGUGAUCGUUUCACCGCGGUCCGAGGAAAGUCACACGGAACAAAGCAAGCAUCCCCAAGGCAACUGCGUUGAAGAAAAGCAGUUGCACUCGUAUUUAAAAGAGUCAAGUAGCCACAACGGAGAGGAGGGCGUGGAUUUGAGUCUGUAUUCUUCUCAUCAUCAGAAAUCAAACAGUGGAAGGUCUCAGAAUCCUUCCCAGUCUGGAUCACAUAAAUACAGCCAUCCAGAGUCAACAUAUGGCUCGGAUUUAUCUAUGAAGAGCAGAAUGAGGGCCGGCUCCGUGGGAGUAAUGGAAACAAACCCCAGAUACUUAUCAUACCAGCUCUCACAAACGGGUUACGGUCCCGUGCAUCCCAAAGAUGCCGGUUCCGGUGUCAAGGCUUCGGUGAAGAGCGGUCAGGGGGCGGGAUCUAAAGCUCAGGAGGAGAAUUCCCAAAUGCAGCAAUUCCCAAGCCUUCUGCAAGAAGUUCUUCAAGGUUACAAUUUAGACAGACGCUAUGUUAGGCCAGAGCAGGCGUUUUCUGCACAUCAUCAAGUCCAACAGCAGUUUUCAACCAGACACCCUUUUGUUGUGGCUGAGAGUGCGCAGGUGCACGGUGAGAGUCCGGCUUAUUCUGCUGGAAAGCCUCCAAAUCAGAAGCACGUGAAUGAGUCGGAGUUUUCUGCAGAUGCAGUGAAGUCGGAGAUCUCCAGCGCUAAAAUGUUUUACAGUGCUGAAAAAGCUGAUGGUUAUUCAUCACAGAGCCAUUUACCACGAGCGGCAGAGUCUCCACAACCCCCGGCCAAACAUAUCAACCUUUCUGACUUCACUCUGCCCCGGAGAAAAGUCCCGUCCAACGUCCCGUCCCCUUCCUCGGCCGUGCAGGAGCUCCUCCUGCAAGAGCCCGAACCGUUAGCAGGCGUCGCCAGUAAGAGCAAAGCUCAGAAAUUAUCCGGCUCCUUAUUAACCUCGUCUGAGCGGCGCUCUGUCAUACGCGACGCGUCUCCCAAUCAGAACAGCGCUCCAGAGCGGGACAGGGAGGGGGAGUCUGAAAGGAGUCAGAGUGGAGCGUCUGUGAUUCAACAGCCGUUCUCCUCUCCAGCUGCACCGAGGGAUCUUAGUAAAAAGGAUGCGGGCGAGAAACACGCCAUCAAAAUGGAAGCGACAUCAAAAGAGGCAGGGGCCGAUGCUGCGCACUUACAAGCAGAGCAUCGCGGUAGUGAUGGGGUCAGCGAAGCAGACGUGGAGUACCUGUCCAAGCCUUCGCCCUAUAGGCGAGGCAGUGCGGACAUUACCCCGAUGCCCUCCCAUCCCAUGAGCACAAACCCUUUGUCAUCACUAUCGAGGCCUCACUCCUACCUUCACGGUGUCGAUCUCUCGGUUGGCAGUGGAGGAGCGUUUCCUGGAUAUCAGUAUGGAGAAACAAGAGAGAGGAGUAUGAUGUCACACAGUGGUCCGCACUUCUCCUCCCACCACCCUUACCACCAUUUACCUCCGCAGCCUCAGGCCACAAACAAGCUUCAGAUGUAUCCUCACCCCCGUGGGCCCCCUCAUCCUCCCCAUGACAUGAGCGAGUGGGUGAAAGCCAUGAACAGGUCUUCGAAGGAGAUGAUGGUUCAGCACGGCUCUUCUCCUGGACGUCACAAGGGCAGCCAGCCAGAGCCGAGACAGAGAGUUAUCGCCCCGACGAACGUGCCGGGCGAUCAACUCAAAACCCCGUCGCUGCAUCCCCAAGGCGCUUACUACGAGAUGAAAAUGUGGGACUCUGCGCACUCGGUAAGAGAGGGUGCUCGAGCGACAGAAGGAGACCCCUACUUUAGACCACAACCUCAAAUUCCUGUAGUUGCACACGGUCCUUCGCAGAUGGUUCACGCUCAAAGUUCAGUGGAAUCUGAAGUCAUCAGAGGAGCCCCGGAACAGCCCAAACAUCCCUGCCCAGCUCCUCCGUCCAGCUCCGCCAAGCCGCCCUCCGACAUCACCUCCACUCAGCCGCCGGUGCAGCGUCACACUAAAGCAGGCGCGUCUGGAGACACGAAUCCUCUCAUGUUACGGAGGAGGGUUCGCUCCUUUAUCUCUCCCAUUCCUGCCAAAAGACUUCACCAAGAUUCCUCCCAGCAGAGAGCUGCCACAAAUUCGCACCACUCCCCUGGGGCGCAGUCCGAGUCCAGCCAUCACAAUGAAGAUGACUCAUCUAGUUCAGAGCUGCCAUGUCCCAGACUCUCAUCCCCCCUACCGGGGGAGAGUACGUUUACGCAACCUCUGUCUCCGUCAGGGGGCAACGCAAAGGUGCUGUCUGCCAGAAAGGGGCGAGGAUUAAAACUGGAGGCGAUAGUGCAGAAAAUCACCCCCAAUAUUAAAAAGCCAGCAGGCUACGUUGACGAUGAGUCCAACCAUUUUUCUGGCUUCUCACACUCAGAAAUACCCAGAUUCAAUGACUCCCAGGACCACGAUUUGCAUUUCCCCAGAGCGGUGGGAGGAGAUGACGGCUACAUGGAUGACAGCCACUCUUUAAAUGACAUUAUUCCCUUCAGAGGAGUUGACGACGUCGGGCCUUUACCUACGUCCACCUACCCUUGUGACUCCAGUCAGACUUCUCAAAUCAAACAACAAGACUUUGACUUCGGUUUAGGAGCGGGUGUUUCAUCGGUGUCUGGUGACAAGGAGGACUUUGCUUUGCUUGGACCGUUACCGCCACCCCCUCCUCUACCACGUCCAGUCCAGGGUUCCCCGCCUCCGUCUUCAUCUGCUCUAUCGGACAUUCAGCAUUUCACAAGCACCUACCAGCAGCUGGAGACUCGAAAGGGAGAGCAGUCUGCGGCUAAUCUUCUCAGACAGAAACUUCAAGAGACUGGAAUGGGAUUUGACGAUUACCCUGGCAGCGACUACUAUGGGACCACUUCGCCCCACCAAGGACACAUGGCGGGCCGGCAUCAGUUGUCCUCUGGAAGGUCCAGUCUGUCACCACAAGAUUCAAAGCCCCUAGACAGUGUUGUGCCUAAAGGUUAUUUUCCAUCCGGCAAGAAAAAGGGCAGACCCGUAGGGAGUGUGAAUAAGCAAAAGCGGGCUCAGAGCCAAGUCCAAACACAGGCUCAGACUCAAGUCCAGACUUUAACCACGCCUCCAAGUGCUCCUCCCGCCCCACCCACUCCAACUCCGGCAGCUGCCUCAACCCCACCAAUAUCACUGACUGCCAGCAGCACCUCCACCCCCACAGAGCCCGCUCCGGAAGAAAACGCCUCUCCUCUAGCCCCGCCCAUUUUAACACAAGUGGUGAAAGUAGACGUUGAUUGCGAGGACACACAGCCAGAGACGGAGGUGAAGCCGGUGCGACAGAGACGCCGAGGGCCAAAGUAUGAAGAUGGGCCACUGGGAGUGGAGGUACAGCAGAGGAGGAGGAGGAGAGGGCCUGUCAUGCCGCCACCCCGGAUGGCCAAAUGUGACUCCGAUGCCCCUUCUGGAGCUGGAGGGGGGUUCAGCACAAGCAGGGUUUUCAUAGAUCCUAGCAGAAAAGGUCUGUUCAUUCCUCACAUACACGUAGAGAAAAAAGUGCCAGAGAUCGGAGCUGUGUGUACUAUUGUAAAUGCUGAGGAAGACAAGAUGAAAGGAGAGCGUAGUGCAGUUGGAGGGAAAGCAGGUGGAACCGAUUCCCUCCUCAUGUCGGCCCUUUGCUCCCAGUUAUUAAGGAGAGACAGAGAGUCAGAGAAGAGGGAAGCAGAUGAAGUGGAGACGACACUUCAGUCAGGCAAAGCCCUUCCUUCGUCUGGCCAUGUUGUUUCAGGCCCUGUGAUCACCGAGACCAACCACUCCGGACGCCUGCUCUGCUGUCUGUGUCAGAAAUGGGCAAAUUACAAACACCUCGGAGAUCUCUACGGGCCUUACUAUCCAGCCGAGUACGCCGCAAAGCUCCCCAAGAACCAGCCCCAGAUCAGACAGUGUCAGGCCACCGCAGGCACAAACAAACCUGGACCAAACUCGGAAGUCGGCGCCAACGCUUUGGUUGCCAUGCUGGAGCCACAAACCCAACUGUUCUCCAACGCCACGACGGCGCGCGACUGUGCUGCUAGCAUCAGUUCAGACCCAACCUCUUUUACAAAUGCCAUCAGAUCUGCCUUUUCAGCUGGAAAGCUGCUUGCUAGCACCACCCCGUCACCUUCGCCCUCCAUCACUCUUAAACCACCUUUGACCUGGGAUGUAAAUCCAGAAAUCAUGUCCCUCCCUGAGCUCAAGAGAGAGCCCGACUUUGACCAACAGCAGCCACCAAAACAGCCACCAGACGACGCUCAGCAGAGACCCCAGCACAGGAAGCUGACCUCACAUCCCCGCUUCAAAAGGAGGCACAAGUCUAGCGAAGCGUCCCCCAGAAUGGUGCCAUCCAACAGUAAGGCGUCUCUGCCUUUCCAGCCCCCUCCACCCGCACUGGACUCCCUGGGACCCUUGGCACAACUCGCACAGCUGCCUCAGAUGCCCAUGGACCCGGAGGAGCUGUGGGUUCACGAAGGAUGCAUAGUGUGGACCAGUGGGGUGUACCUUGUCAAUGGGAGACUGUAUGGCCUGCAGGAGGCACUAGAUGGCGCCAGAGAGACAAGCUGCUCGUACUGCGAGAUGGUUGGGUCCACCCUGGGCUGCUACAGUAAAGGCUGCACACUUCGCUACCACUACCUUUGUGCUAUUGAAGCAGAUUGUUCUCUGAAUGAAGACAACUUCUCUCUAAGGUGUCCGAAGCACAAGGUAAAAAAAGAGAGUUUACCCAGAGCCUUCGGCCCGCCAAGUCAGUGUUUGUGGAGCAGUCAGAGAGAGGCUGAGAGAAAAGGUGAAGAAGAGGAGACACGGGAGUCUGGGAGCAGUCAACACGAACUUAAUGACAUCGAUCAAAUGUGAAGUGAGAAUGACCGGACCGAGGAGAACAACUAAAGGGAGCGAGCCCUUUCUCUAAUGGAGCCAGAAUUCUUUACAUUCAAGACAUUGUUGGAAAAAAAAUUUUUUAUGGGAACUGUUGCUCUUAACAGCGGAGGAACGACACGGAGGAGCGCAGCGGCAAGGAAACAAAACUGCAACGAUCAAAGAUGGAUGACGCGAGGCGAGGAGUCAAAGAUGUAAAGAACAAAAAAAACGAACUUCCUCUUGAGGCUCAAAGUGUUCAACUCUUGGUUUUCAUCAUCAUUUAGCUUUUUUCUUUUAUUUGCUUUGAAAGAAGCAACACGGAGAAGUCUGGGUGUCCUUUCACCAGCUUUACUUAAUCUAUUUAGGCUGAUUGCAGUUAUUAUUUUACUCCUCUCUUAUUAUUAUUUUGUAUCCUCAUCAGUAUUUACUCAUGAGAAUGAAACGGAUGUGUUUCACUUCAUUUUAAGUUGGAUUAUUUUCAUUUUUCCUGGAGAGGAAAGAGCCGGAGCGACGAUACGUGGAAUGUCAGGGUCGAGUUUUGCCACAAAGACAUUAUUGCCUUGGAGAGCGGACAUCUGUUGCCUUUAAAAAAGAAGAAAAAACAACAAAAACAGAAAAGUUGUGGAUGAGUGAGACACAUGUGUGUAUGUGUGUGUGUGUGUGUGUGUGAGAGAGAGAGAGAGUGAGUCUUUGGUUCCAUUUUGGUCCUUUUGAAAAGUGUUCUUAUUUUUCAUCACUGGGGGUUUUUACGGUACAGAUAGUAUUCAUGAGAAAUCAAAUGGACGGUCUUAUUUUUCAAGUGCAAAAACGUUCAUAAUGUACAAAGAGAAGCCAGACUUGUAAGAGGAGGGGAUGACAGUAUGGACUAAAUGUGUGUGUGUGUGUGUGUCAUCUUCAAUCAUUCUGUCAGAAGAUGAAGACCGGGGCUGCAAGGAGCCGGAGCUGGACGAUCUUCAGGAGCGCGUCUCUGGAGGCGUCGUCCGUGACGUUUCCUCAGCGAGCGUAACCAAGUAGAGCAGCGGUGCAGCAGCGGUGCAGCAGCGGUGCAGCAGCGGUGCAGCAGCAGGCUAAUAGGGAGAUGCAAAAUCCAAAAAGACAAAGCUUUGCCAUUCAAUUCUAAAGUGAGUCAUACAUGGUGUCGUCUUCAUUGGUUUUUAUUGUUAUUCUUGUAAAAAACUUAAAAAGUCAAGCUGAAAGAUGACAGUUACGCUAUCAGAACCAAUGCUGUAUUAGAAACCUGUCGAUAUGUAUAUGAAUUAUGAUGAAUACACCUAAACAUGCUCCAACGGU